CCCUUUAUUUGGGUCACACCCAAUCAUAUUAGCUGCGCACACACUCGAUCAGGAUUGGUCAGCAGGCCUGUCCUACAGCUGAGGGGAAGGGUGUUGUAGCUGCUUCUCAGACCAUAGAUAGUGGUUCAGACAUGAACUCCUUGGAACAGGCCGAAGACCUGAAGGCCUUUGAGAGAAGACUGACAGAGUAUGUCUCCUGUUUGCAACCUGCCACAGGCAGGUGGAGAAUGAUACUGAUAGUGGUGUCCGUCUGUACGGCUACUGGAGCUUGGAACUGGUUAAUAGACCCAGACACACAGAAAGUAUCUUUCUUUUCAUCCCUAUGGAAUCAUCCCUUCUUCACCAUCAGCUGCAUCACUCUAAUAGCUCUCUUCUUCGCUGGAAUACACAAACGAGUUGUGGCGCCGUCAAUUAUUGCUGCUCGCUGCCGCACAGUUUUAGCAGAAUACAACAUGUCCUGUGAUGAUACGGGGAAACUUAUUCUGAAACCACGACCAAACAUCCAGUGACCACACGCUCCUGGGUUCUGUCAGGCCUCAUCUUUGUUGAUUGCCUUCUUGUCUUUAAUUCCUUUGGAUGCUCUUAGAUGAAGCAUGAUGGGAAAUGCAUUUCCAGCAAAGAAAUGAACUGAGAGGGCCCUUUUCUUUUCUUUUCUUUUCUUUUUUUUUUAACAGUGUUGCUGUGUUGUCAUCAUUGAAGCUGCUGAUUUGCUCAUGUAACCUUUGAUAUAUUUUACACAUUCAGAGUGAGGGUAUAUUUCUGUUUCUGUUGAGCAUGUAUUUUAUCUAAAAUAUUUCUAUUUUAAAGGUUAUUUGCCUAAUAAAUAAAUUCAUAAGACGUGGGAAUAUCA